AGCUGCUCCUGCUCACCUCCGAGAGCACUGAGACUCUGGUGUGCACCAUGGGCCUGACCAUGGCCGUGGCCAGCAUCAACACAAGCACCGUCCUCAUGGUCAAGGUCAUGCAGAUGAAUGGUGCCUGUAGCCACAGGAGCCCGCUGUGAUGAGGGUGAGCGUCCCAUGUGCCAUCAUAGCCCCACAUCCCCAUCCUGACCCACACAUCCCCUUAUGUGGGUCCUGUCCUUGGGGUGCUUGGUCAGAGGAAGGGUGCUUGGAGACAGCCCAGCCCCUCUGCUGACCUGUGUCACUGCAGCGUUUGUAGCCCUGUGCAACAGCGCUGUGAGGUCUGGGAGGUCCGUGAGGGCAACCGUGGGUGACCAUGGGGUGAUUGAAGGGGACCACGGGGAGAACAUGAAGUGACCACGGUAAGACAUAAGAGGCAAUAUCCCAUAAGAAUGGGGUGGCAAAGAGGUGAUUAUGGGGGUAUCUUGGGAUAACCAGGUGAGAGCAGGGGGAUCACUGGGUGACCGUGAAGUUACGAUGAAGGAAGUGUGAAGGAACUGUGGGGUGACCAUGGAGAGACCAUGGGCAGAAUAUUGUGUGGUCACAAAUUGACCAUGCAAUGACACUGGGAUGAGCAUAGGGCGACCACAGGCCGGAAAGGAUGGGAAGAGCCUGGGAAGUGGUAUAGCAAGCAACUGAGCGUGUCCCACAGAGCAGUUAGCAGCAGGGCUGGGUGGAAUCACUGGUGUAUGGAGAGAGCUCUGCAUCACAGAGCUCCCUCUUACAAUUGGCCACUAUGAAAUACUGGAGGGGGGAGAGAGCAGCGAGCAUUCCUCGGAGCAGGCAGACAGACGGAUGGCACACAAGACAGCGCCGUCACGCCAGGGCUGAUCGAGGUACCCGCAAUGGAGAUCUGCCUGGAGACGGGUGAUGCCGCCCAGCCCAGGCACUCCCUGCUCCGGAGCAGCGGCGCGGGCUGCCGGCACCCUUCAUCCUCCUCCGACAGCAGCCAUGGGGAGCGGCCGUGUGGUGGCGGCCGGGGCCGUGCUGGUGGCACUGGUGGCGCUGGGAGCACGGCUGGCCGCUGGCACGCGGCCCUCGGCGUUUUUCCAGUGGAGCGCUACAGUUGAGUGCCACUUCCUCAAUGGCACCGAGCGGAUGAGGUUUCUGGUGAGGCACGUCUACAACCGGCAGCAGUACGUGCACUUUGACAGCGAUGUCGGUCUCUUCGUGGCCGACACGGUCCUGGGAGAGCCUUCUGCUCGGCUCUUCAACAGCCAGCCGGACGUGCUGGAGAAGAACAGGGCUGCGGUGGAAAUGCUCUGCAACUACAACCACGAGAUAGUGGCCCCUCUGAUGCUGCAGAAGAGAGAGCCCAAGGUGAGGAUCUGUGCGCUGCAGUCGGGCUCCCAGCCCCAAACCGACCGGCUGGCUUGCUACGUGACAGGCUUCUACCCCCCCGAGAUCGAAGUGAAGUGGUUCCAGAAUGGGCGGGAGGAGAUGGAGCGCGUCGUGUCCACGGACGUGAUCCAGAACGGAGACUGGACCUACCAGGUGCUGGUGCUGCUGGAGACCAGCCCACGGCACGGGGACAGCUACGCGUGCCAGGUGGAGCACACCAGCCUGCGGCAGCCCAUCAUCCAGCUCUGGGAGCCGCUGGUGGAUGUGGGCAGGAGCAAGCUGCUGGUGGGCAUUGGGGGCUUUGUGGUGGGGCUCAUCUACCUGGCGCUGGGGCUCUUCCUCUUCCGGCACAGUAAGAAAGUUUCAGGGCACCCUGAUCCAACCACUCCAGGGAUCCUGAACUAGCAGCUGCCCCACACUGCUGCUCCACCAGCAUGUCCUGCACUCCCCAGCCAGGAGCUAGAGUUUCCCUUUGUGUUGUCACCGCGUUCCCUGCUGCCGCUGCAGAGCCUGCUCUGUCCCCUUCUCAAUUAGAACUCGCUGAAGUGUUGACUCCGUGGUCCUUCCCCUUCCUUACAGUGGUCACCCAAUGACACCCCACUGUGGUCACCCAGUGGUCACCUCUUUGUCACCCCAUCACCCAUCGCUACACCAUCUUUGCCCGAUGUGACCCACACGAUUACUCGUGCUCACCUCUCAUUGGCCAGACUUUCCCCUUCUGGUCCCUUCACUCUCAAGCCAUUUUUCCCCCUGAGACUCCUUCCUAUCAACCCCGUGGUCACCCAAUCUUGCCACCAUGUUCUCAGUAUGCCAACCCAUGUCCUCACCAUGAUUACCCCGCAGUCAUCCCAGAGAUACACAUUUUGCACCCACUUUCUCACCCAUGAACACCUCAUGGCUGUGUUACGGUUAGGCCGUGACACCUUGCGAUCACUCGGUGUUCCCAUCAAAAUGACCCCACAGUGUUCUGGUUCCAGCUCAGACACUGUGAGUAGCACACUGGUUUUUUGGCUGUUGCUGAGUGAUGGAGCACUCCUGAGGCCGGGCCGGGCCACUAAGAGGGGAAGAACCAUUGCCAUGAUGAUGUAGAGCCAGGACAGGUGUCCUCAUCCAAGCAUACGUGACGCCAUGCGGAAGGCCUUGAAUCUGUGUGGAGUUGGGCAGAAUGCAGAUGAUGAUUGAUGCUUGGGGUCAAGCUGGGCUUGGGUGGGCGUUGGUUGGUGGGUGCUGACGUGUGUUGCCCCAUGGCCACCCCGUGGCCACCUCUUCACAACCUCAUUCCCACCUUACGCUCCUCCCUGUGAUCUGUCGUGUUUCCCUCUGUGUUCCCUCACUGUCAUCCCGUGGUCACCCCACCGCCUCGCCAUGAUCCCACCCCUCGUGAUCA